AUGGACCCCAAUAUCACUAAAGCGCUCAACGACAAGCUCUACGACAAGCGCAAGAGCGGAGCUCUCGAGCUGGAGGCUCUGAUCCGGAACGCACUAAAUGCCCAGGACCACGACAGGGUGGCUAAGAUUGUCCAUGAGCUCUGCAACGAGUACGCGUAUGCCGUCCACCACCCACAUGCCCGGAAUGGCGGUCUUAUAGGACUGGCAGCCGCUUCGAUAGCACUGGGACCGGAAGUCGCCCGCUACCUCGAAGAAAUCGUCCCGCCCGUCCUCGCCUGCUUCGGCGACCAAGAUGCCCGCGUGCGCUACUAUGCGUGCGAAAGCAUGUACAACAUUGCAAAGGUCGCCAAGGGGGAGAUACUCGUCUACUUCAACCAGGUCUUCGAUGCGCUGUGCAAGCUGGCUGCCGACUCAGAGUUGUCAGUCAAGAAUGGCGCCGAACUCCUGGACAGACUGGUCAAGGACAUCGUCUCCGAGUCCGCUGCCACGUAUGUCUCGGCGCUGCAUACUCCCCCAGAGCUCCCCGACCACGAGGCAGUCGACAGCCAUGAAUCAACGCCCCAGGACCUGCCCAUGGCCUUCAACCUCGAGCGCUUCCUGCCCCUCCUCGAAGAGCGAAUCAACGUCCUCAACCCCUACACGCGCUCGUUCCUCGUUGCCUGGGUGACUUUACUGGACUCCAUACCCGACCUUGAGCUCAUUGCUCACCUGCCACGCUUCCUGAAGGGGCUCUUCAAGUUCCUCAGCGAUUCCAAUCAAGACGUGUACACUAUGACACAGGCCGCGCUGGACAAGUUCUUGAUCGAGAUCAGAAAGAUCGCGAGGAUCAAGAAGGGCAUUGUGGAAAGCAAGAAGAGUCACAGCAAGGACGAACGCCGGCGCUCCAGCUCGAGUCUGCAAAGCACGCCAGACGACGCCAGCGAGGCUACAAGCGGAACCCCACUCGAACCGCGCGAGGCCGUCGAGGCUGUAGAGGCUGUAGAGGACCCCGAAGAUGGCAGUAGAGACAGCGCAUCCAUGGUCUCAAGUCGCAGCGGCAAGUCCGUCAACGGCGACGGCGACUGGAUACCAGGCCAGGACGUGCAGGUGGAUCAUCCAAAGAUACUGGAGAUCCUCGUCGAAUUUCUGAGCGCUCCGUCAGAUACCGAAGAGGAACAGACCGAGAUAUUGCUGACCGCUCUCCGUUGGAUUGACAAUCUCUUCGACAUCUGUCCCGAGGACAUCAUGCCGUUUGUCCCAAGCUUAUUGUCGCACGUGCUCCCGCGAAUGUCACAUGAAGUCGACACCGUUCGCAAAGCAGCAGUAAAGGUCAAUGGCUCACUAAUGGACUACAUCAUGUCUCUAUCCGACGAGAGCCGCAAGGCCGACGGCGUCAUUCGCGAUCAAGCGGCAAGAGCAGACUCGACUGGCACUCGCUCCCCAACACCGGCAGAGGACCGUACCCCCUCACCACGCCCAAUACCAGAGCUGGACUACCAAGCUGCAGUCAGUGCGCUCACUUUGCAGUUCCUCAACGAACACGAGGCUACGAGAGUCGCUGCCAUUGCCUGGCUCAUCAUGUUGCACAGAAUGGCGCCGGGUAGAAUCCUCACCGUCGACGACGGCACCUUCCCUGCGCUGCUCAAGACCCUUUCCGAUCCCUCAGAUGCUGUUGUCACACGCGACCUUCUCUUGCUAUCGCAGAUAUCUCUACACAGCGAUGACACUUACUUCACAUCAUUCAUGGUUAAUCUCCUGAAGCUGUUCUGCACAGACCGACGACUACUCGAGACGCGUGGCAAUUUGAUCAUCAGGCAGCUGUGUCUGACACUGAGCGCGGAGAAAAUCUACCGUACGAUGGCAGACUGUCUGGUCAAAGAUGAGGAUAUCGAGUUUGCGAGCAUAAUGGUUCAGAACCUUAACAACAACCUCAUCACUGCACCUGAACUGGCUGAUCUACGAAGACGGCUUAGAAACCUCGACAAUAAAGAUGGCCAGUCGUUCUUCGUUACUCUUUUUAAAGCAUGGUGUCACAACGCCGUAGCUACCUUCUCGCUCUGUCUGCUUGCCCAAGCCUAUGAGCAGGCCUACCAUCUUCUCCAAAUCUUCGCCGACUUGGAAAUGACCGUCAACACACUCAUCCAGAUCGACAAGCUAGUGCAGCUUAUCGAGUCACCUGUCUUCACAUACCUCCGCAUCCAGCUUCUCGAGCCUGAACGUUACCCGCACCUUUACAAGUGCCUCUAUGGGCUGCUCAUGCUUCUCCCUCAAUCAUCCGCCUUCGCCGCUCUCAAGAAUCGCCUCAACAGCGUAUCAGCUAUUGGGUACCUGCAUAUAGCACCUCGCGCGAACACGUACGUGUCUUCCUCCUCCCCCACCCUAAACCACUUGAGGCAAAAAAGCUCAGAAGUCGGCUCUUCUAGCAGCACUGGCACGCCGUCUGGCACCCCUGGCAGCAACUUUGCGGAGACGCGCAAUCGCAUUGGUAUAAGACGAGAAGACGAUGGAAAAGUCAAGUGGAACGAGUUACUCGAGAGGUUCAAGCAGACCCAAGAGAAGGCCCGGAGAAGUCAGCGGAUGGCGAGCAUGGGAGAGGAUCUGCCAUCUGGCAACGAAGAACGAGGUGCAGAGAAAGAGCGCAUGGGACCUGCGGCUGUGCAGAGCAAGAAUCCGCCUGGAAGGCCGGGGAGUCCGGCUGGCGCGAUGAGGCCGCCUCCUGUACCGCCUGGUGGGCAGGGUCAAGGCCAGGCACACAAGCCGCGAUCGAGCCUUAGUCUGGGGAGAUUUGCAGGCGGGGUUGGCGGGCGAAAGAAGAAGUGA